AUGUCGUCUGCGCUGUUACACGGUUUGCAUCUUUUGUUGUUGAUGUGGAUAAUUUUCAUUUUAGAAUCGCAUGCCUACGGCGAUAUUAGAUUUGCCAACACGCCUAUCUUCUCCACGAAGACACCGUAUUUUUGGGUAAAACGUAGUGAUGAAGUCAUACGUGAAGAUUCAGAAUUUGUUUACGAAGGCACGGACACAAUCGAAUCUGCAAAUUCUUGUUUCAGUUUUCACAUCAACUCUCUGAUUCGUCAUGGCAUUCGAUAUCCCGGUUUGAAGUGGAUCAAACGCAUGGAUGAAGUUCAUGAAAAAUUGACGAAAGCAGCAAUAAAUUCAAAAUCAACAUUUAUCGAGAAAUGGGCAAACCCAUUUCCAUAUGAAAAAGAGCAUGCACUAGCUACUUUGGGAGAGACGGAACUUUUUGCACUUGGCGAGCGAUUUAGUCAACGUUUUAAAUUACUUUUUGAAGAAGAAACCGACAAAAUAGAAUAUUUUGUAUCGAGUAAAGAACGCACUUCUGACAGUAGGAAAGCGUUCCAUAAAGGAUUAACUAAGAUAUUUGAUCCAGAUAUUGACGAUGACCAUAACUUAAGCCUACCAGUUCUUGACGACAGCACACUAAGAUUUCAUGCUGGAUGUCAAAAAUAUAUCGACCAGAUAGAAAAAAAUGAUACUGCAUUAGAAGAAUACUUCAAAUUCAAAGAUGGACCAGAAUUGAAAAGUGUUGUAAGUGAUGUUACAGGAAGGAUAUUGGAUAGCGGUGUGGAUGCUGAAAACCUACUGAGCGCAGAUGAUGUUCAAACAAUCCAUCAGAUUUGUGCCUUUGAAUUGGCAUUCUAUGGCAAGUCAGACUGGUGUCAAUAUUUUGAACAAAAAGAUAUGGAAGUUAUAGAUUACUUAAACGAUUUAAAGCAUUACUGGCAAAAAGCAUAUGGAUACAAGCUUUCUUCAGAAAUGAGCUGUCCUCUAGUUCAACAAAUAUUUCAAAGGAUGGAUAAUGCUGUCAGUGACUUUGAAGAUGGAGAAGACUCCUCUGUUGGGAUUUUUCGAUUUGCACAUGCAGAGACUUUGGGACCAUUAUAUGCUGCUUUGGGACUAUAUAAAGAUUCUGAACCACUGAUGGCAAACAAUUUUGAAAAGCAAAGGAACAGACUGUUCAGAAGUAGCAAAAUUCUGCCUUUUGCAGCAAAUGUUGCCUUUGUUUUGUAUGAAUGUGACACUAACAGUGAUGAAGAUGACAUUGACGAGACUGAAGAAGAAAGUAUAUAUGUGAAGCUUUAUGUGAAUGAGGAGGCAGUCAUUAUUCCAGCUUGUGGGAAGAUUCUUUGUCUGUACACUGAUGUCCGACGGUACUAUUCACACUUUAUUGAUGCUUGUGAUUUUGAUGAGAUAUGUAAGAAGAACAAAAUUCAAGACCAUGAUGAGUUAUGAAUUCAGCUACGACAUGACAACUUCAUAUACAAUGUUAUCAAGAAACCUGAAAUUUAUUUGUGGCCUUAGUUUGAUGUGACUGUUUUUCAUAGUGACAAAAAAUGAUUGCAUAUUACAAAAUCAUGUACUUUUUAAGGGACCUCAGUCAGCAACUGGUACGUUAUUUUGGUUAGAGCCAUCUGUAGAACAUAAGUCAUAUAACUAUAAAUAUCAUCAGAGCUUAUGUGGGGCACCACAUCUGUCCGUCCAUUGUCAACUUUUCCCUUCAAACAAUUUCUUCUGAUAUUUGGCCUGCAGCAUACUGUAAAGAUCAGCUACCUUUGCUCAAAUGUGUUACCUUGAUACACUUUUAAGUUCUUUAGAUUCAAAUUUAAAUCUUUAAAAAACGUUUUCUCAAUAACCACAAUCCCAGGAUGCUGAUAUUUGACUUGUGUACAAAUGAAUGACCUGGACCUACUUUCAAGGACACAGGGGUCAAGUAUGUUUAAACAUUCUUCUCCAUAACCAAAAGGCCCAUGUGCUGAUAUUGGGCCUGUAGCUUGCUGGAAUGAUAGCUAUCAGGUUUGUUCAAAUGAAUGACCUUGGCCCAUGUUCAAGGUCACAGUGGUCAAAUAUAACUUUUUCUCAACAACUAAAAGACCCAGGGUACUGAUAUCAGGCCUGUAAUAUGCUAGCUGGAAGGACUACUGUCUUUAUUUCAAUAAAUGUGUUAAGAACUUCUUCCUUUAUAAUUUCAAUAAGCAGUAGGUCCUGGUACCAGUUUGCAGAAAUUUACUGAACAAGUCUUCUGUGUAGUUAAGCUGCAGAACAGGUGAGUAGCCAGGGCCCUUUUGGCUGUCAUUAGAUGUUAAGUUUCUGAGCAGUCUUUACGCCCUGAUCCACACAUAUUUCUGUUGAUAAUGCUGAUAUCGUUUUUAAGCUUAUACAAGAGAAAACGUUUUGAAUGAAGAAAGGUAGCUGUCAGUAGCCAUUUUGAUUUUCAUGGUUUUUUGUUUUGUUUAUCAUGGUAUGGCAUUGUUUACAUGUUUUUACUGCCUGUUCACAUGGCAAAAGUCACAGAUGCUAAAGAUAUCAGACUUUGACUUCCAUUGCUUUAUAACCCAUAUAUCUCAGAAAUAAAUAUUCAAUUAUUGUAUCCGUUAAAAUUAAAUUCCAAAUCACACACUAAAGGUUAAAUCACACACUAAAGGUUAAUGAUGCAUGGUCAAAGGGAAAGAUCUUAGAAAUCAAAUUUCAUUUCUCUUAAUUAGGAAAAGUUUGUAACGUUCUGAAACAAAGUUUCAAAGAUUCUGAGUUGAAUGGCAAAGGUAGAGCAAAGGUCAAGAUCUUAAUGCUAAAUGUAACUCAUGUUUCUUACUAGUUAAAUUGCUUUUACUAAUUAGUUACUAAUUAUUAAUUACAAAAAUUCUAUAAACAGGUAAAGGUUAUUCAAGAUAACAUACUUUUGAAAUUUGAUUGGCAUUGUCUUGAAACCUGGUUAUGCAAACACCAUGCUGAACUUGGUUUUGAAUUUUUAACUUUAGAAAUAUAUUAACAGGUACUGUCAUAUCUCAUUUGCUGCUGGAAUCUAGAUAUGUUUACCAUUAUGAAUAAGCAUACCAUCUUCUGAGCUUUACUAGAUCUUCAUUAUCAUUGCCUUCAGUAUUUGAUGAUUUUUUUAUGAGUUAUGCUUUGAAGAUUGUUUUUACUAUUUUCAAUAUCAAAUGAUGCUGUCAGUCAGUGUAUAUUCAAAGAAUCACUGUCAAAGGGCAAGGUCAUUACAGUCAUACAUCUUUUGUGACAAAUAUUGAGUUACCUACUUGUGAAGAAAUGCAUGUAUGUAGAACAUUGCAGUGUAUGAUUCCUAUUUUCUACUAAUACAGGUAAAUGCAGUGUUGAAAAAUUGUGUGUUGUAUGUAUGUGUGUGUGAGUGAGAGGCUGUGUGUGUGUGUGAGUGAGGGUGUGUGUGUGUGUGUAUUUAUGUGUGUGUGUGUGUGUGUGUGUGUGUGUGUGGCAGUGUGUGCAUGCUUGCACUCAUUUUAUUGUAAAAAAUCUUUCAUUUGCCUGGCAACUGAAACUGUAAAAAAAUGCAUAUCAACUGAAAUUUUUUUUUGUAAUGGCACAUAAAUUUUUGCUUAAUUUGGCCAAAAGCCAUUUUUCCCAUGAAGAACAUGUAUAUGAUGAAAUUUAUAACAGAAUCUCGCUUGAGUACUCAAUGUGAAAAAAUCAUAAUCCAGUCAGUCAUUCUGAAUUUUUUGCAUGAUUUAUUCAACAAAAAAUCGGGAUUGAUAUAAGAUAAGCAACAACAUGGUUCACCAAACUUUUUAAUAGUUCAUGUGAGCUUAAAUAUGGAUAACAAGCUGAUUAUUUCUUUUAAUUAAGAAUUACUGUGAACACAUACAUUACUGUACACAUGGGAUGUGUUAUUGGUAAAUCUCAGGUUAUUUAUUUCAUAUGUUGACAUGCAUCUUUCAUCAGUUGUGAUCAUAUAAUUUUUAUUAAAGAUAGAAAUCUAGUUAAAUCUAGUCGCACGUUGUGCGUUGUGCUUCUGUAAACAAUUUAACACUUUUGACUUCUUCUCAAAAAACCCUGAUCCAAUUUCAAUGAAAUUUUACAGAACCUUCCUUGGCCUAAGAUGAACCAAAAUUGUGAAUUAUACAGUUCCCAACCCCUAGGGUCCUGAGGGACAGGGCCAAAAGGGGUCAUAUUGACUCAGAUUUCAAAAAUCUUAUUCUCAGUACCGAGAUAUGGAAGAAGAAAAAAAUUCAUGAAUGGAAGCAUCUUAAGGUGCUUUGCCAAAAUUGUGAAUUUCAUGACCCCAGGGUCUCUCAUUUCCCCAUGGGGAGGGGGUAAAGUUUAUUUUAGUUUAUACAGGAAAACUAGAUUUUUGAUUAUAAUUUAUUUAAUUUCCAUUGGAAAUAUUUCAAACUUGGUCAGAAUUAUGAGUGAAAGAUGACAGUUUGAUAGUAAUCCCCAUUUUGAUCCUAACUGACACCCAGGAGCUGAUGGGCGGGGCCAAAAGGGGUCAAAUUGACUUAAAUUUCAAAAAAGUUCUUCUCAGCACCAAGAUAUGGUAGAAUCAAAUACUCUUUAUGAAUGGAAGCAUCUUAAGGUGCUUUAAUUACCAAAAUGAGUCUCUAAUUUCUUCCUUGGGAGGAAUAUCUUUUUAGACUUUACUGUAAUUUUUCAUAGAAAAAUAGCAUUUUUUGGCAUAGCAUUGGUUAUUUCCCAAAGGAAAUAACUCAAUAAGAAUUAUCAGUAUAGGAUGACACUUUUGAUGGAAUGCAUGUAUUGACACUGUCUAUAUUCAGAGUCAGAAAUUCUGUUUCAUGGCACUUGAUAAAUAUCCUUUAAUCUUUAUAUUCAAUCUCAGGUGACUGUCAAGGCCGCUAGGCCUUUUGUUUUUCAAUACAACCUAUCUAAAAAUGAAAAUUGAAAGUGAAAUUGUUUAGUUUUAAGAUAUUGCACAUAUGAAAGCAAUACCCCAACUUGAUUAUGUUUGCUUAUAUAGAAAACACUGUUUUAUAACUAAAAAUAUAAUUUAUGUCAAAAAGAACAUGAUUAGUGAGAUUGAUGUAUAUCAUCCAUGAUUUAAUGUGCCAGAGGAAAAAUUCCAUAUAAUCAGCAGCAUAUAAUUUGAAACAAAUUUUGAAUAACUUAGGAGAUCAAAAUUCUGUAAUGGUAUAUAUGGCUGAAGAUUGCCAGUUGCUGGUAUUUAUGAAUGUUGAACAUAUUUCCUGUUUGUUCACAUAAAUGAGAAAAUAUCUUCCACAGACAAUUGAACUAAUCUUAAUGUAUUUUCCAAGUAAAAAUAUAUGUGCACUUCUGCCAACCCUGAAUUUAUAUCUGCAUGAAAAGUCAUCAUAGCUAUCUGGACAGAAUCCAGGUAGCUGUAGGAAUGAAUCUUUUCCUACAACAAAAUAUAAAUGACAACUUUCCACCCAGAUGCAUGAUAAUCGUGAUGAUUUCUAUUUUCCCAUCAUAAAUUUUCCAUUUGUUGUAGAUGAAUUAAACAUAUUCCAGUUGAUUCCAUAUUCAAGGACUAAUUUCCAAUAUUGUGAUUUUUGUGCAAGAUUAUUAAUAAGUUUUACUGUCAUCAUAAAGAUCUCAUUGAGAUGUAUUCGAUUAUCUGUUGCAAUACAAAGAUGGACAUGUUUGAUACCUGCUAGUUUGCCUUGGUGUUUCCACUGCUGUUUACCUUUUUCUGUCACAUUUGGUAUUAUUUUCUUGGAUUUACCAUGACGACAUGAGGAUGAAGGAGAUAAUUACCCUAUCUGAACAACAAGUCUUAUUCUCUUUCUGCAGGGAUUACCAAUUAAGCAUUACUUUUGUUAAUACAGUACCAUAAUGUCAUUAAAUUUUAGUGUGAAUUAAGAUUCUGUAAGCAAGGGUCAUAAAACUUGGUGUGUACAUUUGUCAAACUAAGACUAUAAGCAGUGUACCAAAUUCAAGGGGCCCAACCUGUUACAGAAUUAAUAUUGCAAUACAUAUAAUUUUGUUUCCAGCAUAUGUGUAGUUGAUUUCAGGUACGUUCAUCAGUUUCAGAGAUACUCUUGUUUUCAAAAGCAUGCAACAAGACGGAAUCCUACAUAUUAGUUGAUAAAAGUGAAUGGAAUUAGGGUGGUUGGGUGGCGCAGUGGUAACACGCUCGUCCGGGGUUCGAUUCCUGGCACAUAUGUGAAAAGGUACAGGGUCUUCACUUACCCAACCAUUUGGGUUUUCCCCAAGGUACUCUGGUUUCCUUCAAUAAUAAGACUCUUCGCACGCUUCCAUCAGAGUCAACAAAGAGUGAUUAGUAUUAGCUGGAAAUCUUGUUUUGCAAUUGUUGUAAAAUGAAUUAAGUUUAAAAGAAGAAUAAAAGAAUUGGAAGUUUAAA